AUGGCACGCAGAGGGAGCUUCAGCAUCAACGUCGGUGACACGGAUUCUGACUAUGAGAACCUGGGGGACGAUUGGUUCACUGAGGGGUCUUUCAGACCCUUCUCAGAGCCCAAAGUUAUUGUCCAGACGUGUCCUGAAGCCGUAGAGCUUGACSUGCUUAGGGAACACUCAGACAGUGAGUCAACAGACAGCAGYCAAACAGUUGAAGAAAUACCCAGAGGAAGGCAGAGCAGCUCUUUGCGGAGAGCUAACUGGUCCGCUGCCACAGUGAAAGUGCUCUCCUCCAUGCCCAGUCGUAAAGCUGGGUUCCGUAAUUCUGCRCACAUAAAAACCAGACAAUCGUGUGGGCUACAGCAGGACCAGAGCCUGUCUCAUGACUCCCCUCGCAGCUCCAGAGUCAUCCAAGCUGCAGAAUUACAGGAAGUCAGGACUGAAGCAUCCCCAGACUCUGUGGAUGAUCUGCUUGGUUCUGGCCUUUGCUGGGCUGGUGACCAUAAGGACGAGCUGGUGUCAAGUCUGCAAGGCCUCUCUGUCAGUGACGGUGUGCGGAAGCUGCGAGACACGCCGCUUUGCCUGRCAGACAAGAAAGAGAUCAGACGUGUGGCUUUCAGUUCUGUAGCUGAAAGUUCACUGAUCAGGAGAAAUAUCACAUUCUGCAGCCGGCCAUGUGGGUCCGUUUCAAAGACUUGGCGCCACUGUGCACUCAGCAGCCUCCCUGUCCUCAGCUCCUUCAAGUUGUGGCAUUCAGCCCUGAAAAGGCUGAGCGGGCGUUACGGGACCGGAGUGCUCUCCUACUUCCUGUUCCUCCGAACCCUCCUGUUCAUUAACCUCCUCCUCUUUGUCAUCACCGGCCUGUUUCUGGUCAUUCCUCAAGCCAUCCACCCUCCUCCUCCUCCUCCUCAUGACUCACAGCAGGACUUGUUCUCGGGCCUGGACCUUCUGACAGGCACGGGUUACGUUUCUCAGAGCUUGAUGUUUUACGGUUACUACUCAAAUGUCACCAUUAGAACCUGUGGGGACCGUUUCUGCGACAAAGACGAGUCACAGAUGAUCCCUUACAGCAUUCCCACGGCCUAUUUCUUCACUAUCGGCAUUGCCUUCUUCAUUAUCUGCAUCAUCCUGGUGUACAGCUUGUCCAAGUCCUUUGGGAAAAGUUUCCAAGUCCUCAAGUCCAACCUGAAUUUGUCAGAGAAGGUUUUCUGCUCCUGGGACUUCAAAGUCAGCAAGAAGUCAUCCGUUCGACUUCAGUCUGAGAAAAUCAGAACCCAUCUCAAGGAGCAGCUCUCAGAGUUGAUCAGUGGAGAAGAAGAGAAGAGCUGCAUGCAUCGAUUCUGCUGCUUUAUCAUCCAUGGYUUAGCGUGGUUCAUAUGUCUGACGGGCAUCUCCCUCAGCACCAUGGCUGUCUACUUCCUGGCAGAGUACCUUCAUUUUUUGAACUUGUUGUUAAAGAUCAGUAUUGUUGGAGUUCUGUGUUACUACUGGCUGAAAAAAGUUGCAGUGGAACCAGAAAAUCCUCGUUUGCAGUGUUGGGAAGAUUUUGUAGGACGAGAACUUUAUCGCCUGCUCCUGAUGGACUUCAUUUUCACUGUAUUUUACACGAUUUUAGGGGAAUUUCUCUGGAGGCUGUUCUCUAAGAAAAUCCUAAAUAGGAACAGGAAGCCAGUGUUUGACAUUGCUCGGAAUGUGCUGGAGCUCAUUUAUGGACAAACCUUAACCUGGCUCGGUGUGCUGUUUGCACCGCUGCUCCCUGCAGUCCAGAUCAUAAAGCUGAUUGUGUUAUUUUACAUGAAGAAGAGCAGUCUGAUGCUCAAUUGUCAGGCCUCCAAAAGGCCUUGGAAGGCCACUCAGAUGACGACGUUGUUCAUCACUCUGCUGUGCUUUCCGUCAUUUCUAGGAGCCGCUGUGACUGUUGUGUAUACAGUUUGGAUGAUGAAACCUUCAUCAACAUGCGGCCCCUUCCGGAACCUAACCAGAAUGUUUCAGGCCGGAUGGUUGUGGGCCGAGAAGCUGAAGAACUCUCACCAGGUUCUGGCCUGGCUCAGCUGGGCCUAUGACUCCCUAAUAGAGAAUCCACUCUUCUUAUUCCUACCCACUGGCAUCUUUCUAUUGGUGAUCUAUUUUCACGUUCAAGUGGUUGAUGGCCAAAGGAAAAUCAUCAGUCAGUUAGAAAAGCAAAUUGAAAAU